CGCAGCGCUGCGCUCGCGCUCCCGAGCUCGGCCGUGUCACGUGGGGCGUCGGGCGCGCGUGCUGGUUGUCAUGGAGAUCCCGACCCGAGAUGAUGCACUAACUGCGAGCCAGCCUGGAUACCGUGAUAAAGGAUCUGUUGCCGCGGGCCCCCGUACAGCAAGACGCCGCUCACAGACGAAGCCAAGCCGGGCAGCAUGCAGCACGCGCAGAACGGGCGGCUGUACCCCCCCGCGCCGGUGAGCAGGGACCGGGUGGUCACCAAGUUCCCCAAGUGGUACACUCCUGAGGCCUGUUUGCAGAUGAAGGACUGCUGGCAUGCACAGGUAAAGAGUGUCUGUCAGGACCGGGCAUCCAGGAGCAUGGGGAUGAUGUCCAAAGUGGUGAUGCUUGGAGACCUUUAUGUGGGCAAGACAUGUCUGAUCAACAGGUUCUGCAAGAACAUGUUUGACAGGGACUACAAAGCCACCAUUGGGGUGGACUUUGAGAUCGAGAAAUUUGAGUUGUCAGGCGUUCCCUAUUCCCUGCAGAUCUGGGACACAGCUGGACAGGAGAAGUUCAAGUGCAUUGCUUCAGCAUACUACCGGGGAGCCCAGGUGAUUAUCACAGUGUUUGACCUGGCAGACAUCAAGACCCUGGAUCACACGCGGCAGUGGCUGGAGGAGGCGAUGAAGGAGAACGAUCCUGGUUCCUGCUUUGUUUUCCUGGUCGGGACUAAACGGGACCUGCUGUCCUCAGCAGAGUGCAGGAAGAUGGAGAGAGAUGCCAUCAAAAUUGCUAAUGAGAUGCAGGCAGAGUUCUGGUCUGUUUCUGCCAAAACAGGAGAGAAUGUGCAGGACCUGUUCUUCCGGGUGGCUGCUCUUGCCUUUGAGGACGCCAUACUGAAGGAGGUGGAGGGAGUCACCGCUCCCACUGUAAUAGGACCAGGAGGUCUCAUCAAAAUUGACACAGAGUCGACAGAGGGACCCCAGGCUAAGAGUGUGAAAUCCUUGUCCUGCUGUUAACCUGCGGCUCGUGGACAGAGGAAUGAAGUCGUGGGACCAAAUGCACAAAGCAGGAAUGAAAGAAGGAUGAGCUGAAGAAGAGAUCACUGAUAGUGGGACUUGCUCUAAGGCCCUGAAUAUCAUUUUUUUUUGACCAAUGGAACAGACAGUCACUGCCAUGGGCCCAGAAUAUGUAAACUCAGUGAACAAACCAGGGUCCUUUCACCACCAGACCAGCACAAACACUUCUCACCAGCUUGACAACACACAGGUCUUAGAAGUGUGUGUGACACGGCGUUGAGCACUUCGCAGUAUUGUCUCCCUUGAAGGAAAUGUAUUGAUGAUUGAUGA